AUGGAUGAUACAAUAAUCGCAGAGCAAGUAAAGCUUAUUAAAGUUCCAUAUAGCAUAGCUGAUAACAUCGGAAAUAGUUUUGACGAUAAAGAAACCGUCUUUGUAGAAAAAGUUAAUAAUCGUUACGAUCAAGACAUCAAAUUACAAUCAUUUGAAGAAAAAUUAGUAAUUUGCCGAUUACAUUAUGCCAUUACAGCCUGA